AUGGUGGCCAGGAAGGACACGAGGGUGAUGAUACCUGGCCACAGAGCUCCAUCCCAUGGGGUUGGGGCCUCCAAGGUGCCUCCCAGCACACAAAGCUCCAGAGCUGAGGGUCUUGGAGAUGGUUUGAGGAGCAACAGAGACCAGCAGGGGCCUCCAAAGGCAGGUGGAGUUCAGGUGGGACGUGUACCCAAGACCUCAACAACUACAGAUCGCAAGAAGCAGCUGGAGGAGUGGUUGGCAUCCAAGGGCAGGAAGUACAAGAGGCCUCCAAUGACUCUGCUGCAGAAGCAGGAGAGGGUAGAGGAUAGGAUCAACACGAUCUUAACUGAGUGCCUGGAGCUCACUGAGAAGGGUGUCCAUGCUGAGGAGCUCUCGACAGUGUUGGCCCUGGUGCCCCAAGCCCAGAGGUUUGCCAAGUUCUGGAUUUGCCAAGCCAAGCUGAAGGCCAGGGAAGGUCCCUUUGACGUGACAGGGCUGUACAAAUCUGCUGUCUGUGCUGGAGCUCAGCCUCUCCAGGAGCUCAGGGAGGUUGUCCUGGAGAUCUUGAAGGCUUCAGACCAAACCUUGGAAG